UGCCCGGGACAUGCGCCGCGCGUUCCUGGCGCUCCUGGUCGCCGCUGUCGCCGUUACCGGGGCCGCCCCCGGUCCCGCCUGCCCCGUCACGGCACCGGACGGAGCCGGGACAACUUCUCCCGGCCCUGCCCCGAGGAGAGCCAAGCGCUUCGCCUCGGUGCCGCGGUACGUGGAGAUGCUGGUGGUGGCGGACGAGUCGAUGGCCCGGUUCCACGGCGCGGGGCUGCGGCGGUACCUGCUGACGGUGCUGGCGGCGGCCGCCCGCUCCUUUCGGCACGGCAGCCUGGGCAACCCGGUGGAGCUGCGGGUGACGCGGCUGGUGGUGCUGGGGAAGGACACCCCCGGGCCCCCCAUCACCUCCAACGCCGCCCAGAUGCUCCGCAACUUCUGCCAGUGGCAGAAAGGGCUCAACGUCCCCGACGAGGACAGUCCCCUCCACUUCGACACUGCCAUCUUCUUCACCCGGCAGGACCUGUGUGGGGCGGCCACCUGUGACACACUGGGCAUGGCUGACGUGGGCACCGUCUGUGACCCCAAUCGGAGCUGUGCCAUCGUGGAGGACGACGGGCUGCAGUCGGCGUUCACGGCCGCCCAUGAGCUGGGCCACGUCUUCAACAUGCUGCACGACAACUCCCAGCCUUGCCGGGAGCUGAACAGCCGCUCGGGGGGCACCCGCCGCGUGAUGGCCCCCGUCCUCUCCUCGCUGGAGCCCGGCCAGAUGUGGUCCCCGUGCAGCGCCCGCUUCAUCACCGACUUCUUGGACAAUGGCCACGGUCACUGCCUCCUGGACCAGCCUCCGGAGUGGCUGCAGUUGCCGUCGGCGCUGCCGGGCAGCGUCUACCCCCUGCUGCGGCAAUGCCAGCUCGCCUUUGGGCCCGACUCCCGGCACUGCGGCGACCUGCAGCCCCCCUGCGCCGCGCUCUGGUGCACCGGCCACGUCGGCGGCCGCCCCGUCUGCCAGACCAAGCACUUCCCCUGGGCCGACGGCACGCCGUGCGGGCCGGGCAGCGUCUGCAUGGACGGGCUCUGCGUCGGCGCCAAACGCGUGCAGGAGCUCACCACACCCGUGGAUGGGGGCUGGGGGCCGUGGGGGCCGUGGGGGAGCUGCUCACGGAGCUGCGGCGGCGGCGUCCAGCUCUCCCACCGCGACUGCACCGCGCCGGCGCCGCGCCACGGCGGGCGGUACUGCCAGGGGAAACGCACCCGCUUCCAGUCCUGCAACGUGGAGGAGUGUCCCGGGAGCACCCCCCUCACCUUCCGGGAGGAACAAUGUGCCGCCUACAACCAUCGCCCCGACCUCGUCAAGGGGCUACCGGCCCCCCAGGACUGGGUGCCACGCUACAGCGGCGUCCCCGAGCGGGACCAGUGCAAGCUGACCUGCCAGUCCCAGACCCUGGGCUACUACCACGUGCUGCAGCCGAGGGUGGCCGACGGGACGCCCUGCUCCCCCGAGAGCUCCGGGGUGUGCGUGCAGGGACGCUGCAUCCCCGCCGGCUGCGACCGCAUCAUCGGCUCCAAGAAGAAGUUCGAUAAGUGUAUGACGGGCGGCGGCGACGGCUCCGGCUGCACCAAGAUCUACGGCUCCUUCACCAAACCCCGCUACGGCUACAACGACGUGGUGACCAUCCCGGCGGGGGCCACGCACCUCCUGGUCCGGCAGCUCUCGGCGGGCGGCGGCGAGGACGUUUUCCUGGCGCUGCGGCGGCCGGACGGCAGCUCCCUCCUCAACGGCGGCUACGUCCUGCUUCCCUCCCCGACGGACGUGACGCUGGCCGGUGGUGUGACUCUGCGCUACAGCGGGGCCACGGCGGCCACCGAGACACUGGCCGGCCGGGGGCCGCUGCGGGAGCCCCUGGUGCUGCAGGCGCUGGUGGUGGAUGAGCAGCGCCCGCCGCGCUUGAAAUACAGCUUCUUCGUGCCCCGGGGACGGCCGUCGGCGGCCUGGGAGAAGCAGAAAGCCGAGAUCCUGGAGAUCCUCAGGAGCCGCCGGCGCAACAAGUAGCGGCACGAGCCCGGCCGGGACUCCAGCCCCUAUUUAUUUGGCUAUUUAUUGCCCACCGGGAGCAGGACAGCGUUGGAGAACC